CUCAGCUGAUCGCCAGAGCCAGGAGAUCAGCAACCGGGGAGGGAGGGAGGAUCGAGGCAGUUCGAUCCUCUGCACCGUGUUGAGAUUUUCUGUUUCUGCGCGGACUCGACCUGCACCAGGCGACUGUGUGUGCGUGUGUGUCGUAGCAAACCCUGGAAUGAAAACCUCUCAAUUGUGUGCGAUCAGAUCAGCGCUGCAGAUAAGCAAGGGAAUGGACUAGUUAUUUUUAAUGGAAGCUAACCCAACAGCUUUACAGCCGUGUGGAGUCGGUACAUCUCGCAUCAGCGUGAAUAGCACUAUGACUGAUGGGGACUAUGAUUAUCUGAUCAAGCUCCUGGCUCUUGGAGACUCGGGAGUUGGUAAGACCACAUUUCUGUACAGAUACACAGAGAAUAAGUUCAACCCCAAGUUUGUCACCACAGUGGGAAUUGACUUCCGAGAAAAGAGACUGGAACACUAUGUUGGAGGAGUGAACAGUAAAACAAACAAUCCUUUUAAAAUCCAUCUCCAACUAUGGGAUACAGCUGGGCAGGAAAGGUUUCGAAGCCUCACCACAGCCUUUUUCAGGGAUGCCAUGGGAUUUUUAUUGGUCUUUGAUCUAACGAGUCAACAGAGUUUUCUGAAUGUGAGAAACUGGAUAAGUAAGUUACAAUAG